GGGGGCUUAAGCGCGGCACCAGAUUAUGGAAAGAUGUCAUCUGUCAUAUGAGCACGCAGCAGUGGCAGGUGCACGGCGUCAGCCAGCACAGCAGCCGGCUGAGCAAAGUCUCCGAGUCGCUAUAUCACACCGCAAGAUCCUAACAAUAGAUGUUGUUCAUGCCAUCAGAGUCUUCUUAUACUCUGGCACUCGCCCUCCAUACCCAUCCUCAUGGCUCAACCCGGUGAACAAAGCACCGCUGCUGAGGAUGCCAAGAAGAAGACGAAGCUAGGCUACCAUCGACAAUCAAUCGCCUGUGUCUUUUGCCGACGACGCAAGAUACGAUGCACCAUUACGGAUCAGGACUCUGGCAAGUGCGAUACAUGCUUCAAGCUUGGGAAGGACUGUCAGUUCCUCAAGGUCAACGAUGCGAUUGCACUGGACCAUGUCACACCCAUCAAGCGCAACAAGCGUGCUCUCUCACUUGGGCAUGCCAAAUCACAAGGCCAGAGCUGGCCUCAUGAACAUGAUGACAGAGCGUAUGAAUCGGUGUGUCGUCCAAGGUCGUUGAAGAAGCAUAUCUAACCAUCAGUCGCCAAUGCAGCCGCCUCAACGAGGUCGUAUUGUCUUCACUCGCGAUGUCUACAGGCCUAACGCACGACAACAGCAACAGAGGGAGGAUUGGUCGGAGCCGUUG